AAUUCAGAAAAAAGAAAAUUAGGAUAAAUUUUUGCUUGUUUCUUUCCAUGAAUAAGUCGCAAAUUGCAGGCACACAAAUGGGAUAGAAAGAAGAAGAAAUCUCAUUUUUUCGCAAACUGCAGAAUGCAUAAAGAGUAAUGAGUUGGUCAGUUGACACCAAGCUCAGACCCCAACAGCGUCUGGACAAAAAAUGGGUUAAAACUAACUUACAGGGUAUUUUUCAUCGAGAUGAUUUAAGCUCGCUGUGGAAUGAAUUGGUCAAGGAGGGAGAGAUUUCGGUCAGUCACAAUGACGGACUCAUCAACACGGCGGGAGUACUCGCCAGGAAAGGGGAGACAGGGAAGUACUACUGUGGAAUGAAAGUCCUGAGCUGCACUUGCUGUGACGGACACUGUGGACCAAACAAUGGCUGCAGUUGUCUCCAUUGUCAGAAGCUGGACCAGGAGGAGGCUCAGCAACACAAGGAGGAUCUUAACAACCCAAAACAGUCCCAGCCCCUCAUCAACUCCUGGACCUGGGGCCAGCAACCGGAUUCAGACCAGUUAAAACAGUGCUUGAAGUCGGUGCUGUAUGAGCACCAGAAGCUGUGCACCGAGGCGUCCUGUACCUCAGCCUCCAUCACCAGGCUACAGCAGAGGCUGGCCAUCCUCCAGCGAUUCUUCAUCGCACUCGGAAGACAGUCACCAAACGAGGGGAGACAACCCUCCAAGAAAAGCCAGGCAGACCAGACAAACCUCAACAAACAGAAAAGCUCCAUGAAGCCUGCAGAGAAAGCAACAAUGGGUUUGGCCAGAGUGGGAUCCAGGGCGGCCCUGAGUUUCGCCUUUGCUUUCCUACGGCGUGCAUGGCGGUCUGGUGAGGACUCGGACCUGUGUAGUGAGCUGUUACACGAGUCACUUGAGGCCCUGCAGUCCCUGCCAGAGGCUACACUCUUUGAAGAGAGCCGAGUGUCCAGCGUCUGGCUAGAGGUUGUGGAUAGAGCUUCUGGUUUCCUGCAAGGGGUGGUCAGAGGGACUCCAAACCAGUCGGGUAAUCCAAGCAAGAUUCCUGUUCAGGACCAGCAGAUGGCGCUGUGUCUCCUGUUGGAGCUGUCCAUACAGAGGGGCUCCCUCAGCCACAUUCUCAGCUCAGUCCUACUCCUGCUCAACCUCUGGAACAACAGCUGCCAGGAGUCGGAUAACCGGAUGAGUAGCGGAUUAAACAGUGCUCCCCUUAUCCAUAUGCUGCAGAGGUUCCAAGCCAUCAAAGGUUCAAAAUCCAGGGUGUACUCAGAGCAGAAGAAACUGGAAGAGUCUGAGAUGCAGGUAGCCAGCCCCACAGAGAUCUUCCUUAACUUCUUGACCUACCCAGAGGACCCCAACACCCUGAUCGAUCUCCGGAUGUCUGCUGUGGUCAUGAUGUCUCACCUAGACAGACUUGCCUUGCCAUAUCUCCAACCAUCCAGUUCACAAAAGUCGAUGAAGAACAGUAACUCCCAGGAGGUUAUGGGGCUGGGAUGGCUGGCCUGGGCCACGGAGGGAGGGGCUGCCGGACCAUUCUCUAUGGACUUCUUCGCAGACAUCGGAGGAGUGCAGCAGAUCGCGUGCUCGGAGAGGUGCUGUUUGAUCCUGUCCAAGGCCGGCAAAGUCUACAUGUUGUACUACACCAGUCUCUCACCAACACUGCAGCAGUUAAAUGGCUUUGGAGACAGGGAGGUCAUCAGAAUAGCAUCUCACCCCGACGGGAAACACUACAUGGGUCUGACUAGUGAUGGGGAGGUGUUUUCCUGGGGCAACGGAGACGGAGGGAAACUGGGUCAUGGGGACUACCAAAAUCAUGAAGAGCCUGCCUUGAUUACUGGGUUGUCUGGGAAACAGGUGGCCAAGAUUUGUUGUGGGAGUUCCUACAGUGUGGCCCUGACAUCCAAUGGAGAGGUCUACUCCUGGGGGAAGGGGAAUUUUGGUCGUCUGGGUCACGGAAGCAGCGAGGACCAAACCACCCCCAUGCUUCUCAAAUUCUUCAAGGGCCAUCGCAUUGUGGAUGUGGCAUGUGGUAGUGGAGAUGCUCAGACUCUGGCAGUAACAGAUUCAGGUGCUGUAUAUUCCUGGGGAGAUGGCGACUAUGGAAAGUUGGGCCGUGGAGGAAACGAUGGAUGUAAGACUCCCAAAGUGAUUGAGAAGCUGAUGGGUCAGGACGUGGUACGGGUCUACUGUGGGAACCAGUUCAGCAUGGCCCUGACCAAGUCUGGGGCAGUAUACACCUGGGGCAAGGGAGAUAACUAUAGACUAGGACAUGGAACCGAGGAUCACGCUAGACACCCUAAACAGAUCGAGGCUCUGUCCUCUAAAAAGGUCAAGGACAUUGCCAUUGGAUCCCUGCACUGUAUGGCCAUUACAGAGGAUGGGGAGCUGUAUGGGUGGGGCAGGAAUGAACAGGGACAGUUAGGAAACCCCUCCAUCAGCAACUUUACGGAACCUACCCUUAUUGGGGGGUUGGAGGGGAAGAACAUUAUCGGAGUGGCAUGUGGGCCAACCCAGACAUUUGCAUGGACCAGCGGGGGACAGUGGAUAGUCAGCAGUAGGGUACCAUUCAUUGUGGACGUGUGUAAGAGUACGUUUGAGCAGCUGGAUGAACUGUUGGGGGAAGUGUGUGUAGAGAUGGAUGGACAAUCAGAGUGGCCACCCCCACAGGACAAAGAGUGCCUGGCCGUGGCAGGACUGAACCUUCUCAAUCUUCAGUUUUAUGCCACCAUCUGUCAGUCGGAGAGCACGGAAGGAUUGGGUCUCGGCCCAGGUAGUCCACUAGUCACUAGUCUGAAGCAGAGAGUUGUCUCCCUGGCCAGUAACGUUGGCGUCAUCAACACGGUCCAGCUGGCCGCCCAGAACGCCCUACAGAGUGGAUGGUCCAUCUUACUGCCCACCGCUGAGGAGCGGGCCAGAACUUUGUCUACUCUCCUGUCUAAUGAAGUAGUUGGCCAUGAUGCCAGCAUCAUGAGUCCAGGUCAGCGAUUUAUGACAGAUCUUCUGGUCAGCAGCUUAAUGGCCGAUGGAGGAUUAGAAUCGGCACUUGAAGCUGCCAUCAAAAACGAAAUCUCUGAAAUUGAGGGCAAAAAGGAAAGAGAAGAAACUUCUGAGUUGCUCACCUGUGAGAAAUCGGGAGACGCUCAGACAAGUCCUUUGGAUCCCUACCCCCCAGAGGGUGAUGAAAAUGGGGCAACCAUUCCUUUGCUUCAACUCAUACAACAGCUUUUAAGGAACUCAGCCUCCUAUUCCCUGUCCCACCUGGAGGACAUCUCUAAGGACCACUUCCUGAAGACGGAGGAGUGGGAGGUGUCGGACACUUCCUCCUCCCUGGAUCUCCUACUCCAGGUCCAGCGACUCCUGGUCUCCCGGAUCUUCCCUCUGGACGGGGAGGGACAGGUGCCCACAAUGGGCACAGAAAAAGAGUUGCAGUUGCUUGGCGCGGGGUCCUUGUUGAGGAAGUACACCCUGCUCCUGGGGAACCACGUGGCCAUGAUCCUCCCCCAGGCCACCAGUCUGGCCUGUGUCAGCAGCAAGCACUUCUCUGUUGUUUCCCAGGUCCUCACCAAAGAUGUCACAGGUGUUCUGUUACCGGAGAUGGUUACCUCCAUGGUACUGCUACAGCUGAAGGCGCCUGGAGUGAUCCACGCCUCACGGUCUGUCCCGGUGCUGGAAGAGAUUCUGGACAUACUGGACACCUACAACAAGCUGGCCCCGGGGCUGGACAGGGAUGACAAGGAGGAUCUCGCCUGGCCAGGGGUCUGGAGUUACACCUUGGAAAAGUACACACACAAACCUAGUGAAGACAUUAACAUUAUCCGUCAGGCGGAUUUAGAGAAUCACAACAAGGAUGGAGGAUUAUGGGUAGUGAUUCAUGGAAAGGUGUAUGAUGUUCAAGAAUUCAAAGCUCAGGCGCCGUGUGGGAGUGAGAAACUUCUUCAGUAUGCAGCUAAAGAUGCAACCAAGGCCUUCGAGUUGCAGCAUCAUUCAGAUGAAGCCAGGGAACUGAUGAAAUCCUUCUAUGUAGGACAGUAUUUAGAUCCUCAGAAAGACAUAGUUCAGACCUCGGACACCAGCACUGCCUCCUCCCCCCUAAUGGACACACAGCGGACCUUGGGGGUACUGCUUGGUCUCCAGGCAGCGUACCAGGCCCGGGGGACCCGCCGUUCAGCUGAGGAGGAGGAAUACCAUGAGUGGCUCAAGUCUGAGUUCUUUGCUGGGGGACUGCAAGUACUACAACCUAAAAAUCAAUUUGAGGAGGAAAAGGGAGAGAGCCGUGGAUCAGCUUCAGGGGGGACAACUCCUGGAGCCACACCCACUUCUGAGGUCAAACAUAUGCCAGGCCUAUCAGAGAAGGAGAAGCUGUUUGACAGACAAGCGUCACAAGCUGACACGUCCCGCCCCUUCCUGGCUUCCCUGGCUGAGGGCCGGGUCCAGGACCCCUGUGUGAAAACAUUCCUGACAGUCAUGGACAAAUAUCUCAAGCAUCACCAUCUUUUCUCCCUGGACGUUCCAUCUGAUCACCCCCUUGAGGAAGUCAGCAGAAUACUCUUAGCAGUGCUUCUAAAGCACCAUGACUUGGGUCAUGCAGCAUUAGCCAUAGUUGAGCAAGGAGAUCACUCCAAGCAUUCAGUUCCAAAGUCAAUAUCAGAACUGUUCAAAGUAGUCAGCAAAACGAAGCGUAGCCUAAUUCAGGUUCAUCAAGAGCAUAGUCGGUCCUACAAGGAAGUGUGCGCCCCUGUGAUUGAGAGAUGCAGGUUUCUGUUCAAUGAACUGCGACCAGCUGUUGGUAACGAGGUCAAUGCCAUGAGUCGCUCCUGUUUGUUAAAGAGCACUCCACGAUGGAAGACGGUGUCCAUUAAAAUGAUGGAGGACAAGAGGAGAUCCAAACGAUGCAAAGAUGUGGAGUUGAUCACAGUGGCGGAGGAACAAGUGGUUGUUAAAGUGGAGAAUGAGAUGGAGGGAGAGCAAGGAGCAGGUGGUGGAGAGAGGAUCGAAAGUGUGGAUAAGGCUCCUGCUGAAGUGGAUGGGGUGGAGAAAGCCAACCCAGAUGUGGAGGAUGAAGAUGAGGUUAAGGUCUUCCCGAAAGGAGAGGCACCCAAAAAGAUUGAUCAUCCAGCAGGUGGAGCUGUGGGCUCAGAUCACAAGGUCAAGGGUCACAGAAAAAGGACGGACUCUUGGAAAGACAUAGCCAGCACGGUCACGAGUGUCCAGAAAUUUAACUGGUUGAGACAGAGGAUGACAGGACACAUCCCAGACAUGCCGCUCCUGAACAAGAUCAUUGAAUUUGUGUUGUAUGAACAUCCAAUCGACAUAGAGAAACUCAGACGGUCAUUGCAUCACCAGGUGGAGAGAGCUCAGCUUCGUCUGAGUGGAAUCCAGACUAUGCUUUCCCUGGUGCACCGGGACUAUCUCCUGCCGUCCUGUAGAUACGCCAUUCUGUGUGGCUGGCAGGGACUGCUCACCAUCGGGCAACGAGUCUGUGCCCCGGUCCCUCACUGCCUGUCCGACGUCCAGCUGAUCCCGCCCUGUGACCGGAUCCUACUGGAAAUGACCUACUCCGACCUCUACAAGUGGGCCAUCAAAGAACUGAGGGCAGCCAUCAUGCAGUCUGACAUGAAGUUCAAAUCAAGGGGGAUAAAUCCUGCAAUACCCCCUGUUGACAAUAGCAAGGAGAGGUUAAGCUUGGGAGCGCUGCCCCAGUCCCGCUUUAUCCUGGCCAUGCUGGGGAUCCUGGUGUCCGAGCACCAAUCCAGCAGCCUCAGUCUGCUCAUCAACUCAGGAAUUCUGGGACUGACCCAGACAUUAAUGAGACUUGUGGGUCCUGAUCCAGAUCGAGUCCUGCAGGAUAAUAUGGUGUCCAUGUGUGCCGUUCUAGAGGAACAGAAGCACAAAAAACAGGCAGCUCCAGUCCCCAUAUCGGGCCCCGAACUGGCAGCCAUGAUGAAGAUUGGCACACGCGUGAUGAGGGGAGUGGACUGGAAAUGGGGAGAUCAGGACGGCCCUGCUCCAAGUUUAGGACGGGUGAUCGGAGAGCUGGGAGAUGACGGCUGGAUCCGUGUGCACUGGGACACAGGAAGCACCAACAGUUACCGCAUGGGCAAGGAGGGGAAGUACGACCUGAAGCUUGCAGAGGCUCCAGAAAUGCCGGACAAUGAAGAGAACGAAGAAGAGGAAGUAGAAUCGGUCUUUUUGAAUGUAGACCCAGUGAAAGUGGAAAGCAGACACCCCACUGCUAUCAUUAGGCGCUCCACCUUGUACCUGUUGCGCAAUCUUUCCCUGUCUUGUGGAAUCUAUGCGGAACAAGCUCAGAAGGAGGCUGUCAGUGCACUGUGUGGACUCAUGCGGAAAAUACUGGAUGCCGGAUGUAAUUAUGGAAUCAACUCAAACUUUAUCCCAACCCAGAUCGCCAGUGAGCAGCACUACAGCUGGUGCACCCUGGGAUUUGUUCGAGCCAUCGCCACCAGUCCAGGCAUCUGCGAGUCUCUGAGCUCACAGAAGUGGAUCGAUCUGCUGCUCAAGAUACUGGAGGAUGAGAAGCCGUCGCAGCCCACCAAGAACAUCAUCAAACAGAUUCUGAUCCUGAGGUUUUUGGAGUCGGUCCUGCCUCACUGGAGUAAGAAAACAGAUCAGUCUCGAGUGGUGGCCAUUGUGGAAAGACUCUUCAAUCUUUUGGGCAAAGUCAUCAUGGGAUGCUCAGCUGAUCCAACGCUGUUCUCACCAAAUGACGCUCUGAGGAAGGGACCCAAGCCAUGCGUGUCCGUGUCGCUGACUGCGUCAUACACCAGCACGGUCGCAGAGGAGAUCGUGUGUCUGCUGCGGACUCUUCACGCCAGCGACUGCUGGAACUCCCACAUCAACGCCUACAUCACCAGCCAGCUCGUCAACAUCGGAGACAUGAUGGUGGAGAAAGUCUGUCCAUCACAGGAACUGUUGUCUGAGGAUACGGUCCUCAUUGACCGUCUGCCCAUUGUUCUGGCAUGCUUGGCCGUGAUUGGUGGAGUGGACAACAGGGCGCGGUUAGGGGGCAGGGUGGAACAUGAGGAGAUGGGCUAUGGCACCAUAGCCAGGAUCACCUCCAAGGGCAAGAUCCAUGUUCAGUUUGAGGACGGGAGCCUAAUGGGCUGUAGACUGACCGAGCUUACAGUGGCUAACGAUCAGGAGUUCUGUGUGAGUAAACUCGACAUGACACCUGAUGUGAUUAAGAUGUGGUCAGCAAUCGUGGGUUACACGGCCACAGGGCUCAAGAUGGAGAAGGAUUUCCCAAAAGACAGGCCCUUGGUCUCCAGCACAGCAAGUCUGGAGUCGGAGCAUACCACUGCCAGUGGUGUUGAUGUGCGAGAACUCAGAAAGCAGCAGCUGAAGCUAGGACUGCUACGGGCCUCUCGGGUCCUCCUGUCCUGCCAGCCACAUCUCCGCCAGAUCCUGAGUGGAAUCUCCCCGGUGGAUCAAGGAUUGUCAGAGGUGGAGGCUGGGGUGGAGGAGGUCAGUGAGGAGGACCCAGAGAGCGAGUCCUCACCAGCCAACACCAUCUUACAGUUGCUGAUGAGUAUUGCCACACAGCCCUCGCCCAUCAAAGCUGUGUUCUCCAGGGAAGAGCUGGAGGGAGCCGCUCUGUCAGUAGCCCAGUACCUGACGGCCACGAGUCAACUGGAGGUGGACGAUUCGGAGUCCUCCGAGUCGGAGAGUGACAACGAGCAGGUGCCCCCUGUCAGGCCUCAGGCUGAGGUGCCAAGUAACAUCAACCGGAACAAACCAAAGAAAGUCCGGAGUGCGGAACAGAGGAACCACCACGAGCCCCAAGAGCAUGUCGACCCGGUGGUGACCCAACUAAUGGAGAUGGGCUUCCCCAAGAAAAACGUCAAAUUUGCCUUAAAAGCAAUCAGCAGUUCCACAUUGGUGCCCAAUCCGGAGCAUCCCAGUAUUGAAGCCCUGGUGGGCUGGCUGAUAGAGCAUCCACAGAUAAGUGCGCGUGAACUUAACAACAGUGACAGUGAUUCAGAGGACUACUCCACAGAUUCUGAUGCCUCGUCUGAGGACAUUGUGGAGGAGAACUCGUUCGAUGCCAGCGCAGAAGUGGCUGCAUAUACUAACAUCACAAAUGACGCACCAGAAAUUCCUCCACCUCCCGCUGCCACUCAGCAGUCGUACAAGAAGCGGGCGGACUUUCUGAGUAACGACGAGUAUGCCAUGUACGUGAGGGACACCAUACAACCCAACAUGAGCGUUAGGUGCUGCCGUACUUACGAGGAGGUUCACGAAGGGGACAUUGGAAAAGUUGUUAAGCUUGACAGAGAUGGCUUGCACGACCUUAACAUUCAAGCUGACUGGCAGAGGAAAGGCGGAACGUACUGGGUACGAUACAUUCAUGUGGAGAUUCUGGGAUUCAUGGGAAAUGAGACUGGACCCAGCCAGAAGAUAUCGGUGGGAGACAAAGUUCACGUCAAACCCAGCGUGGUGACCCCGACCUACAAGUGGGGUUCUGUGUCUCACAACUGUAUAGGAACUGUCACUGCCAUCAAUGCCAAUGGGCGUGACUUGACCGUGGACUUUCCUCAGCAGUCUCACUGGACGGGUGUUAUUGAUGAGAUGGAGAUUGUGCCAAGUUCUCACCCUGGCAUAGGGUGUGAUGAGUGUGAUCUGUUCCCUAUUGUGGGCCCCAGAUACAAAUGCCAGAAAUGUGCCAACUAUGAUAUGUGUGAAAACUGUUUCAGAAUCAAGAAACACAGGCAUAAUCAUGUGUUCACCAAGAUUGCAGAGCCAGAUUGUGAGCCAACCUAUGCAGGGAAAGCUGGCAAACAGAGGAGGAAGUAUGGAGUCCUGUCUUCCAGGUCCGUCAUUGACGACUGGCACGCCUGUGUGAAGGCCAUCACCGUGUCCUCCAGAGAAAACCAGGCACACAGACUUAUCAAUGGCAACAGUGGCUACUGGCAGAGUUCAGGGUCACAGGGCAAGCACUGGAUCCGAUUAGAGAUGCUGCCAGAUAUCCUGCUACACCGACUGUACAUGAAGGUGGAACCAUCUGACUCCAGCUACAUGCCAAGUCUAGUGGUCAUUAGCGCAGGGGAUACCCUCAGCUCCAUGAAGGAAAUCCGAGCAGUCAACAUCACCUCCUCAGAGUCUGUUGUCACACUUCUACAGGACCUCAAUGAUUACUUCCGCUUCAUUGAAAUCGGCAUUAAGCAGUGUCGCAGCAGUGGCAUUGACUGCAAGGUUCACGGCCUGACGAUUCUCGGAAGGUUACGCUCUGAUGAAGAUGAUGCAGCUGCCAACUUUUCGUUCCUUGCCUCAGACAGAGAGGAGGAGGAGGAAGAGAAGGUCAAUAGUUCAUCUGUUAAGAAGAAGAAGAAAGCCACCACCAAGGAAAUCCAGACCAAUGUCUUCUGCUGGGGGCUGAAUGACAAAGAUCAGCUGGGAGGGCCCAAAGGGCCAAAGAUUAAACUUCCAACAUUAAAUGACAAUUUAUCAGCCUUGAGAUGUGUGCAGAUUGUUGGUGGAUCAAAGAGUUUGUUUUGUGUAACACAAGAGGGAAAAGUCUAUGCCUGUGGUGAGGCCACUAAUGGGAGACUUGGUCUGGGGAUCACCACAGGGACAGUUUCUGUUCCACGACAGAUCACCUCUCUCAGUCAAUAUGUCAUCAAAAAAGUGGCUGUGCAUUCAGGUGGGAGGCAUUCACUGGCCCUGACCACAGACGGAAAGGUCUUUUCCUGGGGAGAAGGGGAUGAUGGGAAACUGGGACACUUCAGUCGCUGGAACUGUGACAAGCCUCGACUGAUCGAGGCCCUGAAGUCCAAGCGUGUGAGGGACAUCGCGUGUGGGAGUUCCCACAGUGCCGCCAUCACCUCUAACGGGGACCUGUAUACCUGGGGGCUGGGGGAGUACGGUCGACUGGGCCACGGAGACAACACCACCCAGCUGAAACCCAAACAGGUCAAGGCCUUGGCUCAUGAGCGCGUGGUACAGGUAGCCUGUGGGAGCAGGGAUGCCCAGACCCUAGCCCUGACAGAUGAGGGCAAGGUGUACUCCUGGGGAGAUGGAGAUUUCGGAAAGCUGGGCCGCGGCGGGAGUGAGGGUUGUAAUGUCCCUCACGAAGUGGACAGACUACGAGAUCAGAAGGUGUGCCAAAUAGAAUGUGGGGCCCAGUUCUCUCUGGCUCUGACCAAGUCAGGACAAGUGUGGACCUGGGGAAAAGGGGACUACUUUCGACUGGGUCAUGGCACAGAUGCCCACGUUAGGAAGCCUCAGAUAGUAGAGGGACUCAAGGGGAAGAAAAUAGUCCACGUAGCUGUGGGAGCACUCCAUUGUCUGGCUGUUACUGACUCAGGACAGGUCUUUGCCUGGGGAGACAAUGAUCAUGGACAGCAGGGGAAUGGCACCACCACUGUCAACAGGAAGCCUGCCCUGGUGGUGCUGGAGGGUUACAAGAUCAGUAAGGUGGCAUGUGGUUCUUCCCAUAGCAUUGCCUGGGCCACCACGGACAUGUCAGUCCCCACCACCCAUGAGCCGGUCUUGUUUUCCACCUCUAGAGAUGCUCUAGGCGCCACCUUAUUGGGCGUGAAUGACAACAACUCUGAGGAGAAUUCUGUCUCUGCGGCAUCUGCACAGAGUGUAACCUCCAAAGCUUUGCGGCCAUCACUGGCAAAGAUCAUCCUGUCCCAGGACACGGACAUCAGCAAACAGCAGGCCCUGGGCUACAUCCUGACCGCCCUGCAGAUUCUCUACUCCAGGGAUGCAAUUGUGAAGUCACUGGAGACUGAUGGUCAGCCAAUGCCUGUCUCCUCAGACAUUAAACCUCUUAGCAUGGCUAUGUCCCUGACAGCCAGUAUGGAAGAACUUCCCACGGAGAGGGAGGAGGGUACCCCCAGAGAGGGCACAGACGAGGUGUUGGACCACGCAGAUAUUCAGCUUAAUCUGGGAGAGAUUUUCACAGAGGGGGUACAUUCAGAAAUCUCAUCAUACACAAGCAUGCAAGGUCUGGCAGCUUUGGUUCCCAUGGAAACCAGUAUCAUGGCUGAAACCUUGACCUCUGCUGAUGAGGUUAUGAGUACCAUAGACACAGUGCAAGCAAUCUAUCCCUCUGGUCUGGACGACUUCACCGUACGGAUGUCUGUCAACGAUGCUCGUAACUUGGUGGAGCUCUUGAAGCUUGCAGUGGCCACCAGAAUGGGUGAAUCAGCUAGAGAAUGUUUAUCAGAGGUUCUUUCUCGCUUGGCCAAAGCUUACCCACAGGUAGCAGAGAUGUUGCUGGAGCUGUGUGUGACAGAGUUGGAGGAUGUGGCCACUGACCGAGUCUGUGGGAGACUGCCCCAGCCGGUGGUCCAGGAGAGUCCCCACCCCUACAUGGAUGAUGCCUCUCUCAGUGGCACCGUCAAAAUUCCAGGAGCUGAUUCCCUGAGGGUGGAGUUUGACCGCCGAUGCUCCACAGAGAGGAGACAUGAUCCCCUAACUAUAUCUGACAGUUCUGGUCGGACCCUUGCCGUCAAAUCAGGCCGAGAAUGGUCAGAUUGGUCCCAGGAACUUAGGAUAGACGGGGAUGAACUGAGGUGGAAGUUUGUGAGCGAUGGCUCUGUCAAUGGCUGGGGAUGGUAUUUCACCGUGUAUCCCAUCAUGCCCGCUGCUGCCCCCAUGGACAUGCUUUCGGACAGAACCGUUCUGUCAAGACCAUCCAUUGAUCUCGUCACCUGUCUUCUGGACUUCAAACUGGAAAUCAGUUUGGACAGAAAUAUUGUCACCAGACUGGCAGCCACCUUGGCUGCUAAUGCCCAGCUCAGCUCUCUAGGAUCUAGUCAGAGAAUGUGGGCCUUGCAAAAGCUGCGUAAGCUGAUGACGUACAGUGCGGACCAGAUUGUGAAUGUCAACACUCUACUUGCCAGUCCCACUGUGGAGAUCUCAGAAUCAGAACUAGCCACACGAUCCUCCACGGCUCUGUUGAGUAGUUCCUCAGUGACCUCCCUUGUGAAGGGUCUACCUGAGGCCUUACAGAGGCAGUAUGACUACGAGGAUCCCAUUGUCAGGGCUGGAAAGCAUCUCAUGCACAGCCCAUUCUUCAAGGAGCUGGUGGCUUUGGCCUGUGAUUUAGAGCUAGACAAGCUGAGUUGCUGUAGUGAGGCUCACAAGUGGGCAUGGUUCCGGCGGUACUGCAUGGCGGCAAGAGUAGCCACAGGCAUCGUCCAAAGGACCGUGCUCCCAAUGUCCUUCAUAGAGGAGGUCAGGAAGAAGAUUCUGGACAUUUCUGGGGAGGAAGAGGAGACUGCUCUGAAUGUUCACGAGAAUCAUGACCUUUUCAAGCAAGAACAAGAUGAACAGUUGUUAUUGUGGCUGAAUAGAAAACCUGAAGAGUGGACCCUGUCUUGGGGUGGGAGUGGCCAGAUCUGGGGUUGGGGACACAACCACAGAGGGCAGCUGGGGGGAGUGGAUGGUGCCAAGGUCAAACAGCCGGUCAGCUGUGAGGCCCUGGCAGUGACCAGACCCAUCCAGCUGGUGGGGGGAGAACAGACAUUGUUUGCUGUAACUGCAGAAGGAAAGGUGUUUGCAACAGGAUAUGGAGCAGGUGGUCGAUUAGGAGUGGGAGGGACCGAGUCUGUGUCCCAUCCCACACAGCUGGAGUCCAUCCAACAUGUCUUCAUCAAAAAGCUGGCCGUCAACUCAGGAGGGAAGCACUGCCUGGCCCUGUCUGCUGAGGGCGAGGUGUAUUCUUGGGGAGAGGGAGAAGACGGAAAACUAGGUCAUGGAAAUAGAAGUCCCUGUGACAGACCAAGGGUAAUUGAUUCCCUGAGAGGGAAGGAAGUGGUGGACAUAGCAGCUGGAGGGGCCCACAGCGCCUGUAUCACAGCUAACGGGGAGCUCUACACCUGGGGCAAGGGCCGGUACGGGCGUCUGGGGCAUGGGGACAGUGAGGAUCAACCCAGACCAAAACUGGUGGAAGCCUUGAAGUCUUAUCGUGUGGUUGACAUGGCGUGUGGAAGUGGCGACGCCCAGACUCUGUGUAUCACAGAUGACGACAACGUCUGGUCCUGGGGAGAUGGCGAUUAUGGCAAACUCGGUCGUGGAGGCAGCGAUGGCUGUAAAGUACCAAUGAAAAUUGAAACUCUGCAAGGUCAAGGGGUCAUGAAAGUGGAAUGUGGAUCCCAGUUCUCUGUGGCCCUGACCAAAAGUGGAUCUGUUUAUACUUGGGGUAAGGGAGAUUACCACCGCUUGGGACAUGGGUCAGAUGACCAUGUGAGGAGACCCCGCAAGGUUUCGGCCCUCCAAAACAAAAAAGUCAUCGACGUAGCUUGUGGCUCCCUCCAUUGUGUGGCAUGCACUGAUACAGGUGAGGUGUUUUCCUGGGGCGAUAACGAUGAGGGACAAUUAGGAGAUGGAACCACCAAUGCCAUCCAAAGACCCCGCCUUGUGGCCUCACUGCUAGGGAAAAAGAUAAACCGGGUGGCCUGUGGGUCAGCCCACAGUUUGGCCUGGUCCACCAACAAAGCGGUCAGUGCCGGGAAGCUGCCAUCGGACAUCCCCAUGGAGUACAACCACCUGCAGAACAUCCCGAUCACCGCCCUCAGGAACCGCCUGAUCCUGCUUCACCACUUCUCAGACCUCUUCUGUCCAUCCAUCCCCAUGUUUGACCUCCAGAACCGGAGUCAGUUGGAGGUCAGGAAUGACAUCAUCACAGGGCUGGACAACCUCCGAGGAGUGAUCGUGUCAUCAGUCAAGGAGGCUGCCUUUAGAAAAGUUGUUCAGGCAACCAUGGUGAGAGACAAGCAGCAUGGACCUGUGGUGGAACUCAACAGACUUCAGGUGAAGAGAGCCCGUAGUAAGGGCGGAUAUUCCGGCCCUGAUGGAACCAAGUCGGUGUUUGGACAGAUGGCUAGUAAACUGUCCUCCUUUGGAGCAGACAGCCUGAUGCUACCCCACAGGGUCUGGAAGGUCAAGUUCGUAGGAGAGAGUGUGGAUGACUGUGGUGGGGGGUACAGCGAGUCUGUGGCCGAGAUGUGUGAUGAGUUACAGAACGGCUCCCUCCCCCUCCUCAUCGUCACCCCCAACGGGCGGGGCGAGUCAGGUGCCAACAGGGACUGCUACAUCUUCAACCCCAUGGCCAAGUCACCUGUCCAUGUCAACAUGUUCAAGUUCCUGGGAAUGCUGUUUGGUAUAGCCAUACGAACCGGCAGCCCUCUCAGUCUGAACAUAGCCGAGCCCGUCUGGAAGCAGGUGGCUGGGAUGCCGCUGAGUGUGUCCGAUCUGGCCGAGAUUGACAAGGACUGUGUACCAGGACUUAUUUACAUAAAGGACCUUACUGAUGACAAACUUCAGACUGUAGACAUGCCCUUCAGCAUUCCAAGCUCUUCGGGACAGGAGGUACAAUUGUCAUCAAAGCACAGCAAAAUCACACCAGCAAACAAAAUGGAGUACAUCAAACAGGCCAUUAACUACAGACUGCAUGAGUUUGAUGACCAGGUGAAGUGGGUCAGAGAGGGCAUGUCAAAGGUCAUCCCAGUCCCUCUCUUGUCACUGUUCACAGGGCUGGAAUUGGAAACAAUGGUUUGUGGCAGCCCAGACAUUCCCCUGUACUUGUUGAAGUCUGUGGCGACCUACAAAGGGGUGGAUGCCACGGCGCCACUGGUGAUAUGGUUCUGGGAGGUGAUGGAGGAACUGUCGGACAACGAGAGGUCCCUGUUCCUCCGGUUUGUGUGGGGCAGGACCCGGCUACCCAGGUCAAUCGCCGACUUCAGGGGGAGAGACUUUGUUCUCCAGGUACUUGACAAAUACAACCCACCGGAUCACUUUCUGCCUGAGAGCUACACUUGCUUCUUCUUGCUGAAGAUGCCCCGCUACUCUUGCAAGCCCGUCCUAAGGGAGAAGCUCAAAUACGCCAUACAUUUUUGCCGGUCCAUUGACACUGACGACUAUGCGCGAGUGGCCCUGACAGGAGAAAUCAUGGUGAACGAUACUCCCGACGCCAGCGAGGACUCAGAGGAUAUCUACAGCAUGGAGUCCGACGGAGAAAUCGUGGAUUCUGAUUCUAGUCUCGUCUAAAUUAUAGUCUGUUGGAAUUCAAAGACUUAAGCUUAUACAUAGAUCAAUUCUGAAAGACAUUUUGUAUAAGCUGAAACAUUUAAUGCAGGACUAUAUAACUGUUGCUUAUUUUAUCAGUGUUAAACGAAAGAAACUUGAGCACCUUUAUUAGCACAACUAUUGAAUAAAAUCUAGUUGUGUAGUUGAUCAUAAUUGUAUCUAUUUUAUAGUCAAGUCUCAAGCAUUUCAUUAAUCCUUUAGAAAAUUUAAAAUGACCAUAUUCAUUCUCAAUUUUCUUCAGAACUGAACAGAAACUGGUAACAGAAACUUGAUCUGGCUUUGUGGUACCGGUACAUGUAUAAUACUUGACUAUAAUGACUUAUAGCUUGCCCUUUGACUGAGUACUGGUAUUUGCUCAUUGUAGCUGACUUGAGUUUUUCAGAUUAGGUUUAAAUCAGUGCUAGUUAUAGUUUACAGCUCAAUGUAAAAACAAUUUACUGAUGUGAAAAAAAGCACUGAAGAUAUUCUAGUAUCCAUAGAUCCCUAGGAAAUUUUUAGAUCUAUUAGAAUAAUAAAUUUACAUGUAGUCAUCCCUCUUUUUUAUUUUCCCAUUUCCAUGUUGUACGUUUGUGGUAUUACAAAGCAUUAACUGUAAAAUAUCUUAGGAUUUCUGCAUAAUACAAACAUGCAGUGAUUUUGAAAUGAAUUCACAUAAAAUGUGAUUUUUUUUAAUAUUUUUACGGCUGCAUCUUAUAUUGCAGUGUUGCAGAUUUAGUUAGUGUGUUUGUGUUUGAUAAUAUAUACUUUGUAUAUUCUAUGUACAUGAUUUUGAUUUUUUUUUUAAUAUUCACUGAUAAUUACAAAUGCAACUGUACUAGUAAUUGCAUGUUUUAAUAGUGUAAAAUACAUGUACUUUAUAAUUGGUUUGUCUAACAUAUGCAUAUUGAUUGUUUUAAUUUGUGAAUGAAUUAAUUUGUAACGGGCUUUCCAUUUUUAUUUACAUGCAUGCUCAUGUAAUUAGUGAUUGAUAUCUGGUGGAACAUGUGUUGUGUGUCAUAACAAGAUGUCCAAUGUGACAUUUGUCCAUAAUUAGUGCUAUCUGUGUGAAUAUCAUGAACAGUCUCUUGUCUUUGUUAAAAAGACAGUGAUUGUCAAAGAGUCAACAAAUACCGGUAGUAAAUCCUUACUGACUGAAUAUUGUAUACGGGGAAAUAUUCGCCCUUAUUUUAUUUUCGCCCUUUUGUCCUCAUCAGAGGGCAGAUUUAAUACUUGGCAAAUUCCAAUAUCUCAAAUCAUUUCUCUUUAAAAAUAGCUGCUUCUGGGCAAAUUUAAGAUGGGGCGAAUCUGCAAGUGAGGAAGGGCGAAAAUAACACAGGGCGAAAAUAACCCUGUAUACAGUACUAGUAUGAUCCAACCAAAUACAUAUAUAAAAGUGCAGGGGAUGUUAAAUUUGUUUUAGUGUUGUUUAAAGCUCUUUUUUUUUUUACAUGCAAGUUUAUAGAAUUUGAUUAUAAAUCCAAUCAUGCAUAUAUAAAUCACCUUGUAUGUAUCGGGUGUGCUGACACAAAAAUAGCUGGAGAUCAUGGAGAGUUAUUUCCGAUAUUAACAAUUGUUUUUAGGUUUCUGAAAGCUUUUAUUAUUAUUUAUUUUGUGUGUGUGUGUAUAUGAACUUUGGUUACAUGAAAUAAGCAUGUAAGACUUGUUGGUUUUCAAGUUGUUAUUACAUUAUAAUAAGUGUUUAAUUUUGCUUUUGAAUUUCAAUAAAAUCUAUUUUAAAAAAA